AUGGCGCCGGCGGUGCUGCAAUCAAUUCCGGAAGGUUUUACUCUAGCAGUUGAAACUAUCAACGAAAUACCACAGGAUAUAUUAGCAGAGAUUUGUAGGGAUGUUUUAUUAUUUCUGCAAUAUCGACUUGGUACUGUCAGUGUAGGUGAUUUUUACACAAAAUUAGAAAAUGUUGAAAUAGACUUCAGUAAACAGUCCAUCCAAGGAGCUGUCAAUGCCCUGAUAUAUCUAUUUAGAUGUGCUGCUAGAGAGAAAGUGUCAGCUGACGAGUUGAUUAGAGAAUUGAAAGGUACCUUGGCUUGGACUGAGAAUAGUUUAACUGUCAUCAAACACCUAUGGUCUGAGCAGGGGAAGACAUUGGUAUCAUCUGAUGCACUGCAACAAAUGUUAAAUAUUGGACAACUGGUAGAUAUGAAAUGGAAACUCGGUAUGGCAAUGAGUUCAGAUGCGUGUCGUAAUCUUAAUUCACCCUAUGUGUCCAUGACGCUAAACGUGGCAGACUCGUCAGGUCGGCACACCACGAAGACAUUUGAGAUGACAAUACCAGAAUUCCAAAAUUUCUAUAAACAAAUGAAGGAAAUGGCCUCAAUACUUGAAACGGUGUAA